AGCAUUGCUGGGUGCAGACUUGCAAGAAGUGGCAGAUAGAUCUGUAUUAGGAGGAUUGGCUGAUCUCAAGGCGGGAAGAGAAGGCAUUCUGGGAGCGGGACCGCGGGGAGCCGUUCUGCUGCAGGUGGUAGGCAAGCUAGGUAGAUAAGCUCGUGAUGGGCAGCGGCGUGAAUGACUCAAAGUAUGCUGACGAACGUCUGCGCUAUUUGACUCUCCUCUGCUCAGAUAUCGGCGUUUCUGCGCAGACUCAGCUGGACGUCCUCGAAGCCCGUCGAACCGCUCGCUCCAGCCUCACUGGUUCCAGUCUCCUCCUCGAAGAGUCCGCCCAAGGAAGCGGCGCUGGCAGCUCAGUGCAGCGCUCAGCGCAAGCUCGUCAAGACCAAGAGCAGCUCGAUGCAGAGCACGGUGAUCACAUGACCGAGUUCAAUGCAGCAGAAGAGGCUGCUACGCUCCCAGCAACGGUCUUCCCACGCUCUAUGCUCCAGCUGCAGCUCAGCGAUGGCUUUACCACCGUCGUGGGAUUUGAGCAUCGAAGAGUGCCUGGUCUCUCCAUGGCUGAUACCCCACUGGGAGCUAAAGUGCUGCUGAGAGAUGUGAGAUACAACAAAGGAAAGCUCUUCCUCGAUCCGAGGGGCGUUAUUGUCAAGGGUGGCCAAGUGGCAGCAUUGGAGCUGGACGCAGAGGAGAAGCUCAUGGAUCACUUACGCGAGAAACUGGGUAAGCCGCCGCUAGAGAGGAGGAGCGGGAGAGCGAGUGGGAAUGCGAGGACGCAGAGCGCUGCGAAUGGUUCUACGACGAGGCCGACAGACAACACUGCUGCGCCUGCGCCUCGAGCGGCCACGUCGAUAUCAGCAGGCCCCUCAAGUAGCCGACGAGCACAGCCACAAGAGCAAGAGCAAGGUCCCCCAAGCUCCUUUGACGAGGCGCAAUUCGAGGAAGACGAAGCGAUGUGGGCCGAGUUGCAAGAGGAGCAGGAGGCGAUGCGCAAAGCUUCCGUGGCAGCUCCUAGAGCACCAGUGCGUCCUGCCUCUACCACUCUGCGGCCUGCAGUGGCAGGUGCGAGCAGUAUUAGCAGACGAGUCGAGCGAGUCGCACCGGAAGACAAAGUCGACGACGCCCCUCUCCCUCCCUCGCCCUCGCCCUCGUCCUCUCCACCCCAACGCCCAUCCAACCGGAAGAAGUUCAAGCCGUUGCAGCCUUCCUCUAGCGUCUCCCCGCCCCCAAGAGCAGGGAAACGCCCACGACCUCAGCUGGGACGUGGUAUGGUGGAUGAGGAAGAGGAUCUAGAAGAAGAAGGAAAAGAGCAUUUUAGCCGAUCAGCGAGAGACGUACCCCGAGAUGGGUACGAAGAUGCAGUUGGCGCGUCUUUUUUCGCGGAGGGCAUGGACCGGAGGAAGGGUCAAGGGAGAGGGAGAGGGCGAUGGGCAGGACGACUUUAUGAUCCUGGAGAGGAACGAUCGAGGGAAUCCGAUUGUCCUGAGCGACUCGGAGUAGCCGUAGCAGCAGUGGUAGCGCUGCCGGACGAGGGGUGGCUCGGCUCUGACGACUGGUCGAGGACAUUGUUGUAAUUGUAUCUGUUCAAGCACAUUGUAUUGCAUUCGAACCUCG